GCUCCGCUCCGCCUCACUUGCAAUCUCACGUCUCCGCAGCCAGCAACCUCAACUCAUAGACACGCUACGCUACCUUCGCGCCUCCGACCAUGUCCUCCAUCGAAGCAUGGCUGUGCGACGUUGGCGACGCCCACCGUGAUCUUCCCUGUCCCUUAACCCGCGCCCGCAUGAGCCACGUCAAGGCGCAUCCGGGGCCUGUCUCGCCACCAGAAACCGCAGCACCAUGUGAAAAAGGCCUGGCGACAAGCUUUCCCCAGCGGGAGGGGGCUCUCAAGCGACGCUAUUCCGAACUGACCGAGGCCGACGACUACGGCGACAACGGCGACGACAUGUCCUCGCCUCCGAAGCGGCCCAGGCAGGACGACCAGGCCUCCCUGAACAGCGCCUAUACCGAACUCAGGAAUCUGCCGUCGCUGGUCUCCUCGACCGCAAAGUCUCGCGCGAACAGCCUGACGCGCAUCGAUCGCGCGACGUAUGCGUACGCUAGACCGCCGCUGCGGUUCAAGACGCGGCCGGACCACAAGACGCCGCAGGAGGUGCUGAGCCUCAUGAAGGAGCUGCCACUCGCCGGCAUUGGAAUUAUACCAGGGACGCUCAAGGAAACCAUCGCCGCGGCGUUUCCCUUCGACCUGACUCCUGAGUACGCCUUUGAUUUGAGCGCGUCGAACAAUUCAGACCGUGACAAAUAUCUGUGGGAGAUGGUACGGAAAUUUCUUGACAAGGCGCACAAGAGCUUCGAGGGCGAGCCGGAGGCGACGUGGCAAACGCUGGCAUCGGGCCUGCUAGGGGAAGUACUCUCCCAACUGGAGUUUGAGGGCAUGUUUGAGGUCAAGAACGUGUACGUCUUUUACGUCGCAUAAUCCGUUAUCAUCUCGCAAUUCUUACGCACACGCGCAGACAAUACUCCGACUACAACAGCCCCGAGCUCCUCCCAACCGUCGAAGGCCGCACGAUCCCCACCAAGAAAGUCGACCUCGCCAUCGCCGUGUCC